UUUAUAACAACGAGUUGAGUGCUAUCGUUGUUGUUCGUUUCAACGUGACAUUGUAGUGUGUGAUACGUUUUUAGUAUAAAAUUGAGGAUGACAGAAGUGACAGCACAAGGCGAAGCGACGUUGCUUGAAAAAGCGCGGCAAAAGUUUGUUUUGACGUUCGGUGUCAAACCCGUUUCGGCGGCAAGCGCGCCCGGCCGCGUUAAUUUGAUUGGUGAACAUGUUGACUAUUGUGAGGGUUUUGUUUUACCUGUGGCCUUACCAUUCACAACAAUAGUAGUUGGUGCAUACAACAAGCUGGAUGAAUGCCGGGUCCACUCCAUCCUGGCGAGCGGUGAGGAACUGAAGACCAGCUUCGUGGCUACAUCAUCAGGGACCCUGAUACCGGGGGAACCAGCUUGGGCCAAUUAUGUGAAGGGAGUGCUUGCUAAGUUCCCAGUGAAGGUUUGUGGGUUUGAUGCUAUGAUAGUGUCUGAUGUGCCGAUGGGCUCAGGGGUGUCGAGUAGUGCGUCUUUAGAAGUUGCCUUUUUCACAUUCCUCGAAUCUCUUACGGGAAAAAGUGUUGACCCUAUAGAAAAAGCCAAAUUAUGCCAGAAAGCAGAGCACGACUUCCCGGGCAUGCCUUGCGGCAUUAUGGACCAAUACAUUGUGACCUUGGGAAAGAAGAACCACGCUCUUCUUAUUGAUUGUAGGUCGUUAGAAGCAAAACAAAUACCACUCGAGGCGGACGACACAGUGAUACUAGUAGUCAAUUCGAACGUAAAACAUCAACUAACAGGCAGCGAGUACCCGCUGAGACGUGCGCAGUGCACGGAGGCCGCGAGCCUACUGAAGGUGCAGUCGUUGCGCGACGCUCGUUGUGAGGAUAUUGAGGAACUAAAAUGGUUAAAUACCGAUCCGGAUGUGGUAAAAAGAGCAAAACACGUUAUAAAUGAAAUCGCCAGGACGGAAAAGGCCGCAACUUUGCUGCCGCUAAAGGAUUUCAACGAGGUUGGACAAUUAUUCUACGAGUCGCACGAUUCCCUCAGCAAGCUCAUGGAAGUGUCCUGUCCCGAACUGGACGAACUGGUCCAAAUAGUGAGGUCUUGUCCCGGGGUGUAUGGGGCUAGGAUGACCGGGGGCGGUUUUGGGGGCUGUAUGAUCGCAUUGGCACGAAAGGACUCUGUUGAUGAAAUAAAGAAGAAAGUAUUGUCACAAUACAAAGGGAAGCCAACUUUCUUUACUUGCAAUCCGAGCGAUGGUGCGAAGGUCUUACAAGUGUGAUGUUAUAGAAUAAAUUGUUGUUUUGUUA